AUGCUCCAGCAUCACCUCAAGACUGGGGCCCAGGAGGUGGGGCCUAAGGGGUUUCCCAGUGAUGGAGAUCUCCGAACGAGGAGAGACCCGCUGCUGCCCUGGCUGACCCUGCCCGAGCUCCGAGCAGCCCCUCUGCAGGCUGGCGCGAGGGGCUCAGUGGGCCCAGGGGGCCCCGAGGUCGGCGCCCCGUGGUGGCAGGUCCCUAGGUGUGGGCUCCCGGACAUACUGGUGCACCACGCUACAGAUCCUGGGGUGAACGUUGGGAGCCCCGCGCCACGCUUGCCCGCCCUGCCCACAGUGGUCCAGCGGGUGGCGCAGAAGCCGGCUGUGCUGGGUUCCCAGCUGCUGCCGCCCCUGCUCUCAGCCAGCGCGCCCCGGGGGCUACCGGUGUCCCGGCGUCCAACGCCUGGAGAGGAGGACCACCGGAGGGGCUUGGCCAGGGAGGCCCCGAACCCCCUGGGGGCCUUACUACGAGAGUUCCUCCCCAACAGGUUCCGUGAGUUCCUGUGCCGUCUCAAAUCCAAGAGCGCAUCCUCAGCAUCGCAACAUCAAGUGGGUGUGUCAAAGCGCUGCCGCGAUUCUCAGUGUCCCAAGGUCUCAUUCCUCCCAGACCUGCGGGGCCAGCCAUCGUUCUUCCAGGAGCUGCCUGUGUCCACAGACAGUCUUAAGAUUUUGCGCCAUCAGACACCUGACCUGGGGUCCCUGAGGAGUGAUUGCUCACAAUUCACCACGGUCAGGAAGACCAAACACAGGCUCCACAGUGCACAGUCCUCCAAGCUCAAGGCUGUGCUCACUCACAGCUCCUCGGGGGAAAGACUGGGGCCCCGCAAGCGGUGUUGCCCUUUCCGGGUGCGAUUCGCUGACGAGACCCUCCGGGACACAGCACUCCGCUACUGGGAGCGCAGUUGUGCAUAUGUCAGGAUGACCUUCAUUGAGGGUCUGCGGUCCAGGAGAGAGGUCCCAAGGGAGGUAGCACCACCUGGCUGGGCAAAGAAGCUAAACUCCACCAGCUCUGAGCUGGAGCCGCCAGGUCCAGGCUCCCAGCAGAAGUUUGCCCUCUGCUCUCCAGGAACGGAUGUCAUAGUGUCCAUGACACCGCUUACAGGCCUGACCAGUGCCCUCUCUCCCACAGUCCAGCAGAACCUCCUCGAGAGCGAGACAGCCACUCAGCCCGUGGUGUCAGAGCAGGUGUUCAGGAGUGUCUCAAGAUGGCUGGAGAGUUUGCCCAGAGCCCUGUGCCCUGGGGCCAGGCAGGAGAAGGCCACGGCCAGCUCCUCGUGGAGCUGGGACUGCCCCAGCCUAUCCAGCCAGGAGCCACAGGGCAGUCUCUUUGACAAUGCCUCCAUGAGCAGCAGCCUGCCCCGCAUCAGCAGGGCAACUACUCAUAAGCAGCGGGGGCACCUCAGAACCCACCUGGACACUCACAACAUCCUGGAGCAAAUGGGCAAACUGCCCCGCUCGUGGAGCCAGAAGUUGGUGAGCACCUGCUGGUGGCCAGGCACCCAGAGACCCCUGUCUGGGCAGGGUGGCCGGGGCAUGGGUUCAAGCCUCCCUGGGUUCUCAGGUACCACGAACACUUGUAAUGACUUGGCCCUGGGUCCCUGCAUCCCUCUCAAAGUUCAGCCGUCAACAGGGUGGGCUCUGGAGCUCAGCUGUCUGGGUUCAGAUCCCACUUCUUACAGGCUGGGAGGCGAAUCCUUCCUGCCCAACUUGGUGCUGCAGUCAGUCCUGAAGCGAGGCCACCCUAAGGGUUACCAGCUCCUCCUGCCCUUGAAAACACGGCCUCGCACUCAGAGGUGAAUGCCCUCUGGAGCCCAAGCCCACGCCCACCAUGUCAGAGGAUGAGGAGAGGCCUCCCCUGCCCCGCAAAUAAACGCACACCCUAGGCGGCUGGAACCCGCUGCCAGGUCUCACGGUAGGAGCCGUUCCAAGUGCCUAAUUGCUGGAGUCCAGGGUCCCUGGGCCAGGGGGACUCACAGCUGGGACAAGGCUGAGGGGAGGGGGCAAGUCACUCCUCAAGGCUCAGGGCUUGACCCAAGUGACCCCCUCUUCUGGAAAGUGAGAGACCCUGCCCUGUACCUUGAACCUGGACCCAAAUUUCUGUAGGCCUAGGUCUGUCCAUAUGUGUGGCAGGCACCAGUCGUGACCAGGAGCCUGGGGAUGGAGACUCCCAGCCUCCAUCUUUGACCCCUGUGGAGUGAGGGCACCCCGACUCCAGAUAAGGGCAGAGGCCUGGGUGUGGAUUAACGUUUGCCUUCUGUGUUCCCCAACUGGGUUCACACCAUCUGGUCCCCGGAGGGCAAGCAUCUGGGUGGGCCAGUGCCAGAUGUUUCUCUCCUUGUUCUGUGUGGGUGGGAGGGGUAGUGUUCAAAGCCACAUCAGGAGGUGGUGGAGGACCAGGUGGCAGGCACUGCUAGAAUUUCCUCUGACCCCUGCCCUCACCCAGUAUCCCCAGUGCCACCCCCAUAACCCUCUGCAAGGUUUGGCCCUCCCACACCAGAGUUCCAACCCCCUGGACAUAGUUUGAAGAAACCCUGGUGGUGCAGUGGUUAAGCGUUCGGCUGCUAACAGAAAGAUCGGCGGCUUGAACACCAGCCUCCCCAAAAGAGAAAGAUGUGGCAGUUUUUGUCCAUAAAGAUUAUACA